UUUUUUUUUUUUUAUUUUAUUAACCUGCAGUAAAAGAAUGUCUCCUCCUAUUGCUUCUGGAAACUCAGAGUCCGGUAAGGCUCGUUUCGCUGGUAGUGCCAGUUCUGGUAUUCUCGAGUUGAUCAUUUUUCACCCUGUUGAUACCGUUGCCAAGCGUUUGAUGAGUAACCAAACCAAGCUUUGGUCUUCUACUCGUUCUUUUGCUGAAAACAAGGCUCUUGUGGAUCAAGUUGUUUUCAAGGAAGCUGCCAGUGCUGGUUUCUUGAAAAAGUAUGCUUCUCUUUUCCCUGGUCUUGGUUUUGCUGCAGGUUAUAAAGUUGCUCAAAGAGUAUACAAGUUUGGUGGUCAACCUUUCGUGAGAGACUACUUGAACAAGCAUCACAAGGAAUUGUUCACCAACACAUUUGGCGAAAAGACAGGAAAGACAGUGAUGCACGCUACUGCUGGUAGUUUGGUGGGUAUUGGUGAAAUUGCCCUUCUUCCUUUGGAUGUCUUGAAGAUCAAGAGACAAACAAACCCUGAAGCUUUCCGUGGCCGCGGGUUCCUCAAGAUUGUUCAAGAUGAAGGUAUGGGUCUUUAUCGUGGCGCUGGCUGGACUGCCGCUCGUAAUGCACCUGGUUCAUUUGCUCUCUUUGGUGGUUCUGCCUUUGUGAAAGAAUGGAUCUUCCAUUUGCAAGAUUACAACAAGGCCACUUUCUUCCAAAACUUCUGUGCUUCCAUUGGUGGUGCUGUUGCUUCUAUCACUGUUGCUGCUCCUUUGGAUGUCGUCAAGACUCGUAUUCAAAACCGUAACUUUGAAAACCCUGAAUCUGGUCUCAAGAUCAUUAAGGAUUUGAUCAAGCAUGAAGGUUUCGGUGGUUUCUUUAAGGGUUUAACUCCCAAGAUUUUAGUGGUUGGUCCCAAGUUGAUUUUCAGUUUCACUGUUGCUCAGCAAUUGAUUCCUGUCUUCCACAAGAUGUUUGAAGGCCAAAAAUAAGCUCAUGUCAAAUAAUUGUGUAUAGUUAAAAAAAAAAUAUUAAAUCUUAGCCAAUGAUAUCAAACUUCCCCCUCCAUGUAAUAAAAAAAAAAAAAUUUGAAUACAGUCAA